CGGGAGGGGCGGGAAGGCCCCCGGCCGCAGGCGGACAUGGCAGCCCCCGCUUCUUGAAUGCGUUCGGCCGCCCCUCCGCCGCCGAUGGCCGAAGCCUGGAGGCUGGAGGAGGACGAGGAGGAGCUGCGGGAGGUCGGCAGGAGGCACCGGAGGGUCGUCCUGAGCUCGGCGGCAGAUCGCUCUGAAAGAAAUAAGCCAGACUGCCGCUCUUCUGGCCAAGGACCCUUGUCAUCCAUAAGAGCAGCAAUCAAGAGAUCUUCUCGGAGCUCUAGCCAUAGCGAACAGCAGAGGGAUAGAAGGCGUCCCGAAAUUACAAUAGUUGCUGCUGAACCCCUCCGGCCAUCCUCUUGGUUUCCUGGUGCAAGCCCUGUUGUUCCUCAGGGAUUAGGAUUCCCUUCUGCUUCGUGUCAUGCUCAGUGGAGGAGAAAUGAGCAUAUUCCAACUGAGCUUCCACCAUCAUAUGAGCAAGUGAUAAAAGAAAUCAAUCAAGUGCAAGUCAAUACAACAAAUAACAAUAAUGCUGCUGCUCCUAGACAUACCACUACUUCUGCAACACAAACUGACUUUCCAGAGGAAUUAAUCAGCCAUUUGCCAGGAAGUAAUGUAAAAACGAGUGUGCCUACACACUGGGACUCUGCAGGCUAUCCAGGGCAGACUCCGCUUAAACCUCCUAGGCCUUCUGCAUCUCUCCUGAAUAGGUCUCCUUCAGCAAAUGAGAAUCCCUUAAUAGUCUUUGAAAUUUCUGAGGGUCAGAGGUGCCAAGAAAAUCCCAAUGCUGUCAUAUGUCCUGUGCCAAAGCCAAGAUCAAGAAGCAAUCUCAGGCCUGUGGUCAAAAAUACUGAAAGUAAGAUAGAUGAUGGAGAAGAAGUGAACCAGUCUACCACAAAAAGGGGGCAACCUCCAAUUCAGCAGUCACCUCUCUUAGAUGAUAGUUUGCUAGACAAUCACUUGGCAAUGGACAGCAUGAGUACAGAAAAGAGCCAAAAUAGUAUUGUUUCAAGGAUCAAAGUUUUUGAAUCCCAAGGAACUAAUGAAACCUCAGGAUUAUCAAAGAAGCCAGAAAUUGCCCCUCGUUCAUUCGCCCCAGGACCUGUUAUUGCAAAGAAGCCUGUAGUUGCUCCAAAGCCAGGGGUAAGCAGAAUUUCAGGAGACUGGGAUGCAUGGACAGAAAGCAAAUCAACACCUUCCAAGGAAUUGCAGCCUCAACCUGAAGUAGCUGGGAGCGGUGUUGGAAUCAAACCUGAACGGCCACAGAAGCCCAAACCUGGCCUUGUUAAAAGUAGCAGUAGUGAUUUUCUUGAUUCAAGGAGUGGAUCAGUUGCAGAGAACAGCAAUGGACAAAAGAAAUUUCCUGUUCCUGCUCCAAGGCCUUUCAUUCCUAAAAAAUCACAUUAUGCAGAAAAUCCGGCCCUUUCUUUGGCCUCACUAAAACCAAUUGCUGCUCUGCCACGGGCUUCUCUACCUGCCCAAGAAAAAGUUUUUAAGCCUCUGGGGGAAUUGUCACCUGCAGCCAACUCCUCAGCACCUGCUUUGCAAAAUAAACUAGAUGUGGAAGGAGAUCUGAUCAGUUUUGAUGAUGAUGUUUUGCCCCUAAGUCCAGCUGGUGCAGUUACAGAUAGCAUCAGUUCUGAAGCAGCAGCAGAUCCAUUUCAGUUCUUCCCCAAAAGUGAACCUGCAAAGGAACAGACAUCUCAACCAGCUUCAGCCCGUAAACCCACUCUAAUCCGAAUCCCAGCUAAGCCUGGGAAAUCUUUAAGUGAAAUCCCACAUAGCCCUCCACCGCUUCCUGCUGAAAAGCCUAUUGGGAACACCUCUGAUAUCACAGUGGGAACACCCAACAGUGCUGACCUAGUAAAAAAAGUGGAGUUGGAUCAUUCAGAACAAGGUGGAGUGCCUCAGCUAGAAUCUGCACUACCCCCAAGGCCUGUGGAUGGAAAAAUUAUACCUGCUCGGCCUCCCCCACCUAAAGGUGUUCCUGGAAGGCCACCUCCACCAAAACUGUCUUCAGCCAAGACCUCCUCCCAGAAGAACGCUCUGCCACGAUCUACUUCUGACAUUGCUAUUGAUAAAAAACCCAGCAAGUUCAGAUUGGGGCCCAAGAGAGCAAAAAGUCAAGUCUUUAAAAAUCUAGAUCCAGCAUUACCUCCUAGACCUAAACCAGGUCAUCCUCUCUACAAUAAAUACAUGUUACCUGUGCCUCACGGAGCUGCCAAGGAAGAAUGCCUUCCCAGGAACCCUGGAGAACUGUCCUGUAAGGAUUCAAACCCUCCAAAAGUUUCUGACACAAGUGCACCUCAUGCUGUAGUCCUGCAUGAUUUUCCUGCAGAGCAUGCUGAUGACUUGGACCUUCAUUCUGGAGACACCGUUUGUCUUUUGGAGAAAAUCAAUGCUGAGUGGUACAGAGGAAAAUGUGGGAAUCACACAGGGAUAUUUCCUGCCAGCUUUGUUAAAGUAGUUAUUGAUGUUCCAGAAGAAGGCAACAGGAAAAAAACACCCUCUUCAUCACAGUGUCUUAAAGUCCCAAGAUGUGUAGCACGAUUUGAAUAUAUUGGAGAUCAGAAAGAUGAACUCAGCUUUUCAGAAGGUGAAACAAUUAUCCUUAAAGAAUAUGUAAAUGAUGAAUGGGCCAAAGGGGAGCUCAGAGGCACAUCUGGAAUUUUCCCCUUGAACUUUGUGGAAGUAAUUGAAGAUCUGCCUGGAACAGGUACAGGAUCAGCACUGAAGAACAAGGCUGAGGUUUCCUCUUCCCUUCCUCAGAACAACAGACGCCCAGAAGAGUGGUGUGAAGCACUUCAUGAUUUUACAGCAGAAACCAAAGAUGAUUUAUCCUUUAAAAAGGGAGACUACAUCCAAAUACUGGAACAAGUAGAUUCGGAGUGGUACAGAGGAAGACUGAAUGACAAGGAAGGGAUUUUCCCAGUAGUUUUUGUUCAGACCUGUUCAGCCAGGGUAGAGCUGCCACAGUCUGUAGGAGGGAAGAAAGGAAAAGCCAAAGCUCUUUAUGAUUUUCAUGGAGAAAAUGAAGAUGAGCUUUCCUUCAAAGCAGGUGAUGUGAUAACAGAGCUGGAAUCUGUAGAUGAAGACUGGAUGAGUGGAGAGAUACAAGGAAAGUCUGGGAUAUUUCCUAAGAACUUUGUUCAGAUUUUAAAAACACCAUGAAGUGUUGCCUCUCUUUGGACUCCCUGCACAUGGGGGAGAAUGUUUUCUAUCCUAAAGGCACAGAGAAGACAUCCAACGUGUUUUGACUAUCAAUGUUUUGCACUACUUUUUCUAGACAGUCAUACUAGUAUCUCGAAGUCAAAUAAGAGAAUUUUAGUCUUUUGUGACAGUGUAUGUAGUUAUGCUUCAUGAAUGCUCUGAGAGCAAAUACAAGCAGGAUUUUUAGCAGUUUUCAACUAAGGAAAUACUGUGGUGCAACACCAUUUUAACUUAAAUAGCAUUCCAGUAUGUUUACUAUCUGGUAUUACAUUUAUCAUGCACAAAGUCUGCAUAAAUAAAGCUUCUAUGGGCUUUCUUUAAAACCUUUUUAAAAUCCAAAAGUGUUUUAAAGAUAUAACUACAGCACUCAGUGUGUAGAUCAAAUUUGAUAUUCAGGUUUCAUCACUGCUUGAGUUCCACAUUAGCAGUAGAAUCAACUUCUUUUAUGACUUUUAGGAUAAGGAAGGUAACUGAUAUUUCAUAGUUUAAAAAUCUGAUACUGGUAAGAGGGAAAAGUCAGAAGGCAAUCUUCGUGUAGCAUUCUUCUAUUCUUAGCCCAAGCUGCUCAUACAGGGAGAACACAAAAGUAGUAUUUUGCCUCCUAAAUGAAUAAUGGUCCAACUGGUAAGAAUCAUCUUAAAUCUGCCUCCCUUCCCCUCCAAAUGUUUUCCAGAUUUAAGUUUAGAUUUUUCUACUGCCCACAGUUCUUCAAAGCCCCUCUUUUCCCAGCUGAAGUUAGUUGUGACAGACAGCAUUUACUGAGCUUUCUCAGAUCCCCUCUGUGCAGUAGCUGCACUAUUCCAACUAUUUGCCCCUCCACCCCCUUCACGUAAGUGGAAAGCCAAUCUGCACUCUGUCUGCAUUUCAUUUGUCACUCAAGCACUGGAACAUACCUCAGUAACACUAUUCCUAUCCUUAACAUGAAGAAUAUUAUACAGCCUUGGUUUUAGCUUUCAGCAGACACAGGAUUAAUUUUCAGUUUGUUACCACGUACCAGCUGUACUGAGCAUCAUUAUAAAUGGUCUUUUGAGGCUGAAAGAAAAACACACCCAGCAAGAGGUUACUUCAAGAAGCUCUAACAAAAGCAUUUAGUUAAAAAAAAAAAUAAAAACAAAAAUCAGCUGCAACUUGAACAACAAACUAAGAUUGCCCUGACCAAGGUUUCUUCAAAUUACAGGAAUUUCUGGUAGCAAGUUCCUUUUUGCAACACUUGGCUUGCAAAAAAAAAAAAUAAAUUAAAUGCAUCUUGCACUAACAUUGCAAAUGCUAACUUCAUCAGACUGGAAUAGAAUGAAUUCUGCUGCAGUUGGCUCUUUCAUUGCUGACAGUGUUCUGUCACUGUUGUACUAAUAAGAAAAAGAAACGAGGAAGCUGUUAGCACAAGUCUUUACUUCAGAGAGAUGCAGGUCACUAGGUAUGAAGAUACCCUUACAGGACUUUUUUUUCUGAGUCUGGAAGCUUAGAUUGGGAAAAAAAGCAAAAAAAGGCCAAUGUUUGAGAGGCAGAUGGAGACUGGAAGCUGGAAUCAUCACCACUGACCUUGAGACAGUUUUGUCUUAGCCAUCUGUCUGCCUACAACUUAUCAAUAGAAGGUCCAAGUGUUGGGGCAACAAGUAACUAUUGCCACAGAAGAUCAGGCAGUGUUUGACCUGGUGUCUAAGCAAGGAUGGCCCUCCCAUCCCCAUGCACUGCACUCUCACCACCAUCAGAAACAGGCAGAAACAGGCUGAGAGCCAAACUGUACUGAAGGGCUGUCCCAUAGCAGGGAAGGGGUCACACCAUGGCAGACUGCAGCUCACCUGAGGUGAGCCCCAGCAAUGUGCAGCACAGACAUGAGAUCCUUGGCACCAUUUUGCUCUGCAGUCAUUGUUAUGCCACAGUCAUUGCAGGUACAGACCCAGGCAUCUCUUGUUUUGUUUUGGUUUUUUUUUAUUUUUUCCACUAGAAGCUUCAUGAAAUGCUGUGCAUUUAAACUGUGCCAGUACCAUUCAUGCACCUGGGGAAUGAAGAUCACAGAGUUUUAAUGAGCUGAGAACUGGAUUUCUGCUUUCAUUAAAGGGUUGAACAAAAAUUAAGUGUAUGCUAUUCUAGGAAGAUGGCAACACAAUCAGCAGCUAUGCAGCUAUUAUUCAGUUUUACCAUCCCCAACACGCCCACCCGCAGCUCCUGUCAAAUCAAACUCAAGUCCACCUUCCAGGACAACCCUUCCCACACUCCAAGCUCUCCUGCCAGGAGAGGCCAAAGCUUCUUGUUGGUUAUCCCAAAUAAAUACACAGAUAGCUUUCCUGACUCCUGCAAGCCUCACUCGAAACCCUAAAAUUUCAGAGAACCACCCUAUUUUAAAGGCUGCUUCCACCAUGGCUUCCACCAUUCCUGAACCUCCAGUGAGCAAGGCAGGGGGAGAACAGCAGAACCAAGCAAUCACCACAUCACCAGGUCCUCCAAAGACAUAACACACCAUUAUCUAAAGUGUAUAUUGUUUACUUACUGUUUGUCUGGCAGUUUUAUAAGAUUUUGAUACAAUCUUGAAUGUAGAACUGAAUUUUUGUAUUUUUUUCAAUUUCCUCAUCCCCGUUUUUAUACCUAUGUAUUGACCAGUUGUUUUUGUAACUUCCACUGAAUGUUUAAAGUCAGUGCCUGUCGUUAAGUAAAACCACUCUGCUUUAUUUUAAUCAUCUCCUCCCUAUCAUGCAGGGCAGGAAGAGCAGCAAAGCCUUAUAUUCAGAGCAAGGAGUGCCAUCUAAAGGCUUCCUGCAUUAUUGCAGGCAGCUAAAACAACACUGAAACAAGUCAGAUGCUUGGCUUUUAUAGGAAGGGAUCUUCUCAAGUCCUGAUACCCAGUAUCACCCUGAAACUGCAUACAUAUCAUCCAAUUCCGAAGGUGUACAGUUAAUAAUUUGCAAAAAAAACCCCAACCAACCAAACAAAAAAGCAUCAAAACCCAGGAAUGAGGUAGAGUGCAAAUCCAAACUUCAGCACAGUAGCAAACUGCAGCUGUAUCCUUGAAAUUCAGCUACAGCCCCAGACAAGUAGGAUAAUAAGAGCCUUGUUUAUCAAAACACUUUCAUUUUGACCUACCCUCUAGAAAUAUCUUCAGGAAGACAUCUUUGUUCUGUGUACAAUUAACAGUGUCCUAAAUAAAUCUUUGUUAAGUCCAGUAAGUUUGUUAUGGUACCUGUGUAAAUUAAGAAUGUAUUUAACCAAUAAAUUUUUAUAAUU